AUGAAUGUAAUGCGCAAUAUAGUACGAGGAAUGCCGCUGGCGAGAGGGUCCUUCUCAAGUAGGCGAGAGGGAGCCCUCCCCCCCCCUCCCCCUUUCCGCAAGCUCUUCCGGGUCGACGACCGCGCCUCGCGACCUUGCCGACGCCGCUUAGCCCUUAAAUCACCCAAGGCCCAUUAUCGCGAAAUACCCAAGGAGCGAGGUGUGUAUGCAUAG